UCUCUUUUAGACCCCCCCAUGCUGAUAUCAGACGCCCCUUCGUCCGCCUCCGUGCUUGUUUUAUAACAAGCGCGACCUUGGUCGCUGGCGGGCGUGCUCGCCCAGCGUCAUUCGAUAUCGACUACGAGAUACAGCAAAUUGUUCAGCAAAUUCAACAAAUACCCCGAUUAUCCUCUCUUAUUUCCCUCAAACAUCAACAUCAACAACAUGGUUUUAAUCAGCAGCAAGAAAUACGCAUGUGAGACAUGUAUCAAGGGUCAUCGGUCAAGCUCUUGCAAGCACACCGACAGACCCCUCUUCGAAAUCAAAAAGAAAGGCAGACCCGUCACCCAGUGCGAGCAUUGUAGAGAAUUACGCAAAACCAAACAAGUUCACGUCAAAUGUAUAUGCAUGAAACUGGAUGUUUCAACGAAAGGUCUUUCCCCUUUCUUUUCCCUCCUGCUUAGGUUCGAAUAAGGCGUUGGAGAGCGCCGCGUUUCCUGAUGGCUUGCCUGAGGCAUUAGAGGCGUCGGUCGCACUGCAACUCUUAUCAGAAGGACACUCUUCGGACUCCGAUCACGCGACAGGGUGUGCAUGUCCCCAGAACGGUGAUUGCAAUUGUUGCAUACCCCGGAAGAGUGCCCCGCGACGUCGCAAAAAGGAGUCGUCAGGUCCAAAGGCUCAUCCUCACUCCGGAGCCAAUACUCCCCCGAAUAACACGGCUGUCUCGCACCCGUCCCACACCGCCUUGACCCGUAUCGCCGAGCUCAGGCCUGUCCUUCCCAAACCUGCUUCUACUCGGCGUCACGACUAUGCUGACGGCCCUGUACAUGAACCGUCUUCUGGACAACAUCAUAGUCAUGCCGCUAGACACCACGAGAGCUCCUUAUACAGCCCGUAUGGUCGUGCGUAUGACUACACUCACACUCAUCCUCACCACGACUUCAUCGGCGACGCGCCUGCGCUAUCUACAAGAGACGUUAUGAGCUAUAAUUCUUUCUCAUCGGCGACAUCGUCGCCGUCUCCUGUUGGACGAUUAGACGAGUCUUCCGGCCGAGUGGUUCCUUCGCCUUCGAACAAUAUUGCACCUGACUCGGGUAAUAUUUCAGCUUGGUAUUCCACACAAUCUCCCGCCGGCGCUGGAGACAUCAUCGCUUCACUGUGCAAGUGUGGUGAAGAGUGUGGAUGUAUCGGAUGUGCGGUCCAUCUUCCCACUAACCAAAGUAACCCCCACCACACCUGUUUUUUCAAUAGUGACGGCACAUGUGCAUCCUGUCUGAACUGUCUUGUAUUGACUGCACCGCCAGACAUACCCCCCAAUACCGCUCUGUCAAUAUAUCAGGAUCAGGAUUCCAGGGGUGUUGACGAGUGGGUGAGACAGGUGAAUCCCUCCUUUCCCCCGUCCUCACCUUCAUUCGACUUGGGAGGAUACCCUGAACUCGGAAUCGGGUCAGACAUGUACUUGCCGUCGUCGAUGGCCGGAUGUCGUUGUCCACCUGGACUGUGUCAAUGUGAUUCCAGAUCAGGAUGUGGAUGUGUUCGCGAAUCUCAAGGUUUUGCGGUUUCUGGAGAACGAGCCUCACGUUGUCGACAUGGAGGAACCACUCCACCCGCCUUUGAUGAAGGCACGUUGGGUGUGCCCGAGUUUUACAGCCACUUUAAUCAGAGUAUGGAGGGAAUACCCAUGGGCGGUCAAACGAUUCAGUUCAGGAGUCGUUCCGGCUCAUCGUCAUCGGGGUCGUCUGAGUUCAGUUUUUCCAGCGACAAGGUGAUGCUCGGUACCCCCAGUCCCCACGAAGGGCCUCCACAGCAUUACUUUUGACGAAGAUGGCUGUCAGUUCAUUGACCGUCUACUUUCUUGUUCUCAUUUCUUUACUUAUGGUUGUUUUCUCGUUCUCAUGUUUUUUCAUGCUGCCUUACCCCUUCCUCCGUCCAUCACAUGGGGACUAGAUUUCCCCAUAAUUCUUCAUUCUAAUGAUCGAUGAUUUAUUUUAUAUUUUUCACUCUCACCCGUCCAUGUUGUCCCCACCCACCACCAUACUUCCUGUCUCUUCGUUUGGCGUGUUAUCGUUCCAUCCGGUGUAUUACUCGCUGCGUAUUCUGCUUGACGAUUGUUGACUUGCGUAUAUAGACGAAAUGUUUAGGAUAUGGUUACUUGUACGUUGGUAGUAGAGCACCGCGAAAUUGGACGUGGAAUUUUUGGGGAUCUAUC